UGUAGCGCGAUGUCGGCUUGCUGGCCUAUCGUGGCGGUGACGCUGUGCUUCUGGAUAUGCGCUGGGAGCCAAUUGAGCGACAAUACACCGCCCAUAAUGUGGUUGGAUCGAAACUGGAGACUUUCGGAAACCGAGCCGGUAGGAAAUGUUAUAACCAGGGUUCGUGCCGAGGACAAUGAGCAGGAUAAGUUGACUUAUGGUCUAGAACCACACGAUUAUAACGGGGACAACAAGCUACAAUCACCAUUACCCUUUUUCAUCGACAAUAGGACCGGCACAGUUUUUCUUAAUGAAACUCUCAAAGGAAGAGCAGGCCAGAACCUGUUACUCUAUGUGACCGUUUCCGACGGUCAACUCACAGCAAAGACUGAAGUUUACGUCAACAUCGAGCACGAAUCAACAACGAAUCGAGCAAGGAUAAGGGUACCAUAUCCAAGUCAGCAUAAUUCCGGUAGUCGGAUACGACCGCCGUUCCUUGGUCUACUAAAUCUAUCAUCCUUCCCCUCGCCUCUACCCCCUUUACCACCGAAACAGUACCAUCCUGAAACUACAAAACUUGAGUUGGAGAGGAUAAAACCUGAGGAGAAUGACAACAGCAGUAAUACCGUUAGUACCGUCAGUACUGUCAGUACAGAAGAAAACGUCCAGAUAAACGAAGUGGAAACUCCUGCAUUAAGCUCGAAAGUUGCACCUUCCGCUGCGCCGCCUUCGCAAGAUAUGGCGAUGACGCUGGUACCGAUAGCGGCUGGAUGCGCCCUCGUUGUUGGUCUUGGUUUGGGUGCUUGGUCCUUGAGGAAUAGAUUCUGCAGUAGCCGCAAAUCCAAGAAGGGACAAGCGUCAGUCAGCGUUUCCAAUCUAUCAGACGAUCCUUCUCUGAAGAGAUGGCGAGGUACAAAGACUCGUAACAAUCGUUACCAGCCAUGGGAGAAGGAAUUCCAAGCAGGUAUUCAGAAUAAAGAAGAGGAUAAAUGGGAAUUUCCCAGGCAUAGAUUAAAGGUUUUCAACAUCCUUGGUGAAGGUUGUUUUGGUCAAGUAUGGAAAUGUGAGGCCCUAGAUAUCGAUAGCAAAUCUGGUCCCACAAUCGUGGCGGUAAAGACUCUGAAAGAGAAUGCCGCCGAGAGAGAACGAUUGGAUCUCGCGCAGGAGCUACGUGUCAUGAAAAAUUUAGAUCCUCACCCCAAUGUUGUACGGCUUCUAGGAUGUUGUACUGAACGGGAACCUAUGUUCGUUAUUCUGGAGUAUGUCAGCGGCGGUAAACUACAGAGUUUCCUCAGAGCCUCCAGAGAAGAAAGAAAUCAUGGAGGAGCAGGACUGACAUCAAGGGAUCUUACUGGAUUUGUAUAUCAAAUCGCCAAAGGUAUGGAAUAUCUGGCAUCAAAGGGUAUCAUCCACAGGGAUUUAGCCGCCAGGAACAUCCUGAUUGACGAAAACCGUGCGUGCAAAGUAGCGGACUUCGGUUUUGCCAGAGACGUAGCGGCUAAUCAGAUUUAUGAAAGAAAAUCGGAGGGUAGACUACCAAUCAGGUGGAUGGCACCUGAAAGUUUAUAUGAUAACAUAUUCUCCGUUAAGUCGGAUAUCUGGAGUUUCGGCGUUCUCAUCUGGGAGAUCGUAACACUAGGAUCAACACCGUAUCCUGGACUCGCUGCCGCAGAGGUAAUGCGAAAAAUCAAAGAAGGGUACAGAUUAGACAGACCUGAGCACUGUAAAAGGGAGCUCUACAAUAUUAUGUAUUAUUGCUGGGACAAAGAUCCGGCAUGCAGACCAUCCUUUGCCGAGCUCGUUAGCCUGACCGAAGGGCUGUUGCUUGAUGAGACGGAUUAUAUUGAGCUCGACAGAUUUCCGGAUCACUCGUAUUAUAAUGUGCUCAAUCUUAGCGGAGAGAAACUGUAAAUCUCGCGUGAUAAUCGUUAAUGUUAUUUCAUCCGAUUUUCACAUAGAUAAGU